UCACGGGACGUUUUGCGGAGCGCUCGUGCUAUUAUGAGUGCCGUCGCGACAUGUCCCAAGAACCUCAAUUGCCCCAAACUAAAACCAGUGACAAUGAAUACGUACAUAUUCGAUGUCUCAUUGCAAACAUACACAAACCCAGAAAUGUGUCCAGGCCGCCUGUGUAUUCCGACGCGCCGCUGGAGGUGGUCCGGGAAUCGCCGACGUCGUCGGAUACGGAUCGGAGUCGCUCUGGAUCGAUACGUUCCGAUAUAUCUGAGAAACCAGAUUUGUCUGAGAUCAGCAGUGUAGAAGAGGUACCGCCGACGCAGCGUGCAAAGAGUAACAGUUUUGCGGGUGCAAUGUUGGCGCCUCCGUUGAACAAACGGCGGCGGCUUUCGUUUCUGCACCUCAACAUUGGGGGUGGAAACGAACAUAUAGGGCCCUUGUCUGCAGGGCCUCAUCUCAACGUGCCUCGAUUCACCGUCACGGCGCCACCUGGAGAGCACCGUCGCCACAGUCAUGGCUUCCCGUUCCAUGGAUUUGCUCUUCGUCGGCACUCGAACACGAGCCUCCAUCGCAGCGAGUCGAUGGUGUCCCUGGCGUGCUUCAAGACGCUUUCUCAACUGGUAAAUAAUGAUGGCAAUGAACUACAGAAUUACCUCUCCACCAACAGAAACAUCAACAUUGAUGACAGGGAUGAAAAUGGCACAACAGCACUCAUGUGCGCAAGUGAGAGUGGGCGAGUGGCGGCGGUGCGGCUGCUGCUCGGAGCGAGCGCUGACGCAUGUGCGGCGGACAACGAUGGCUGGACCUCACUCGCGUUCGCUGCCCGGGGCGGCCACCUCACGAUCGUGCAGGAGUUGCUGGAUGCUGGUGCACAAGUUGACUCUAGAGACUGCGGUGGGUGGACCCCUCUCUUGUGGGCCUCAUACAAGGGUCACGAAGAAGUUGUUGCGUUGCUGCUGGAAAAAGGCGCCGAUGUGCAUGCCCACGGCAAUUAUAAUAUCAAUUCACUAGUAUGGGCGGCGGGAAGACGGCACAGCGGCGUUGUAGCGCGGCUGUUGGCAGCGGGUGCACGGCCCAAUUCAUGUGACAAAUAUGCCACAUCCGCGCUCACGUGGGCCGCACGGGCUGGCGACGUGGCCUCCAGUGCGGCCCUCCUGCGGGCCGGGGCCGACGCGAACAAUGCCGGCAUGUACUGCUGGACACCGUUAUUGCAGGCUACACAUGGUAAUCAUUUUGAAAUCGUCCAAAUGUUGUUAGAACAUAAGCCUAACGUGAACGCCUUAGACAAGGAUGGGUGCACAGCGCUUGCCAUCGCUUGCAAGGAGGGUUUCUAUGAUAUUUCCUUAGCUUUAAUAAAUUCAGGGGCCUAUAUAAACGUCCAGGAUCACUCAAAAGACACUCCAUUAAUCUACGCUGUUAAAGGUGGAUAUAAGAAUAUAGUAGAAGCUUUGCUAAAGAAGCAUGUAGAUGUAGAUUUACCCGGUAAGGAGAAGAAAACCCCAGUGUACACUGCCGUAGAAAAAGGACACUUAGCAAUACUCAAAUUGCUGUUGGCCUCUAAUCCCGAUUUGGAACAUUGCACUAACAGUGGUGAUACGGCGCUUCUUCGAGCCGUACGGUCGCGUAAUGCGGAAGUGGUGUCGUUGCUAUUGGAACGCCGAGCGCGAGUUGCAGCCGCUGACAACCGCGGUGAUACGUCGCUGCACGUAGCAAUGCGGGCGCGUUCAAAGCAAAUAGUCGAAAUUCUACUCCGGAACCCAAAGAAUAGCCAAUUGCUAUACAAGCCGAAUAAAAACAAAGAGACGCCAUAUAACAUAGAUAUGAGCUAUAACAAAACUAUACUAGGUCAGAUAUUCGGUGCGCGCAAACUUAACACCAAUGAGGACAACGAAAACAUGCUGGGAUACGAGUUAUAUAGCGCGGCUUUGGCUGACAUGCUUUCUGAACCAAGUCUCUCCGUGCCAAUCACAGUGGGACUUUACGCGAGAUGGGGCUCCGGAAAGUCUUUUUUGCUCAAUAAACUUAAAGAGGAGAUGAAGAACUUCGCACGGCAGUGGCGCGAGACCGGCUGGGCCUGGUCUUGGGCCGUGUCGUGGGGGACUUGGCACGUGGCACUGUUUGUGGCGGCCUGCGUCGCCGUCGCUGGCGUGGAGCCCUACAUAGCCCUAGCGGUGCUAUUUGCACUGUUCGCGGCUCUGUACAUGACCUUCUACCUCUUGUGGUACCUUGGAAACAAAUAUGAGUGGUGGUGGGCGGACGGCAUCGUGGCAGCCCUCGGGAGAAAGUUCGGUUCUCUACUGCUUCUACUUCAGGUGAUGUUUUGUCACCCGCCUGGACCAGAAGAUCCUCGUGCUUUACCAGCAACUCCCAUUAGAUUUCAUUUUACGGAAGGUAUGAAGAACGGGGCGGGCCAAGAAGGGGAGGCCAUGGUAGUACAAAUGAUUGGCAGCCUCGCGGAGGCGCUAGAGUGCCAAUAUGGGCGUGUAUGCACGCGUCUGGCUAGGGCUUUCCGGCCACGCCCAGUCUCCUCUACAUCCGGCUGGAAAUGGCGCCGGGCAUGUUGCAUUCCACACAUUAUAACAUUCGAGUUGAGUUUCAUGUGCGUGCUCGUCAGCAUAUGCGUGCUCAUCAUAUUCCUCACUGACAAGGACCCAUCGCGCCGUGACGUGCCGCAGGGGCUGGUGGUGGGCGUUUGUGCGGCCGCCGGUGCCGUGCUGCUCGCAAACCUGUAUGCUGGCGCGCGUGCUGUUGCCGCUCUCGCAUUGCCGCCACGUGCCCGCCUCGCAAGACUCGCGCGUGCCAUCCGCAAGGACCGCUCGCACGCACUGGCACUGCGGCCAGAAGUCCAAGCAUUGACGCACACUGUUUCGUGCCUAGACGCAUUUACGGGCCAGCAAACGAGGCUGGUACUCGUCGUUGACGCAUUGGAUAGCUGCGAACAAGAGAAGGUCCUAGCUCUGCUCAACGCCGUACACGCACUCUGCUCCGACCCUAAAAGUCCUUUCAUACUGCUGCUAGCAAUCGACCCACACAUCAUAAGCAAGGUUGCUUGGAUGGAGGCAGUUGAAAUGAACAGCCGCAGGGCAUUCUCUGAAAGUAAUAUUGGAGGAUGGGACUACCUACGGAAUAUGGUGCAACUGCCUUUCUAUCUGCAAAAUUCUGCACUGCGCAGGGUGAAGUUGGCUCAACAGACUGCAACUAAACGCAUCCAAGCCCUAGGAACAGAUGAUUUCAGCACUUCUCUUCAAAGAUCCGUGUCAGCGCGUCGCUUAUCAUCAACGUCAGAGCUGAUGUCAAGUCAGGAGCGCAUCAAGGGUGGUGCUCGACCUGAAGUACGCGAGACGAGGGCUGAUCGUGCUCCACGUUUGCGACCGUCGGAGUCGGUGGCGUCGUCCGUCGCGUCUGGAUUACAUCGGGUACCAGCGCCCGCCGGGGGUGCUGCGGAUUUGGGCCGCGUGCUGCUUACUGACGACUACUUCAGCGACGUAAACCCUCGCAGCAUGCGACGGCUGAUGAACGUGCUUUACGUCACAGGUCGAUUGCUCAAAGCUUUUCAAAUCGAAUUCAACUGGUACCAGUUAGCGUCUUGGGUGAAUUUGACUGAACAGUGGCCGUUCCGCACUUCGUGGAUCAUUUACCACCACGAGACUUAUGAAGACCACAUCGAUGACUCCACUUCGCUGAAACAUAUCUAUGAGAAGGUUAAACCAUCAAUAGGUGGGUUACGCGAGGCAAUUACCCUUAUGGAGCUAGAUCGCGAUGAACGGAAGCUCGAUGUGUUCUUAAGCUUCCACCGCGCGACUCUCACUGCCGCGGACCUCAAGAUAUUUCUGCCCUUCACCAUCAACCUCGAUCCUUAUAUCAAGAAAGUCAUAAAAGAGGAACAAGUACAAGCGGGCGCCGAAGACGAUAUAGGAGCUGGCGCCGCGACCGCGGUAUCUUGGGGUAUAACGCCGAACGCGCGACAAACUCACCCCAAACCGCUGCACAAAAAGCAAUUCGCACAGAAACCCCCACCAGUACCCCAACCAGCGCAAAAUAACGCGCCAGGGCAGCCGAUGUGGGUGGGUUGGGCGAACCCGUUAAUAACGACAGCGCAAACGUACUCCAACAAUAUACCGGCGGACUGCCCGGUGCCACAAAUUGUUCCCGUGGUCGCAAUCAAUCCUGUCACGAUGUUGCGAACUGCAUUUCCAGGAAUGUCGGAGCUUUCGUCACUGCGUUUGUCGACCUUGAGUGUGGAGCGCGUAUGCCGACUGGUGCACACAGCUUUAGGCAUGGGUGGGGUCGCGGCUGCCGCAGCGUUGCAACGGCAUCGAGUUUGUGGACUCGUGCUGUCCGUAUGCCACCUCAACGAUCUCAAACCGAUUCUGGAAUUGCCUUUCGGCGACUGGGAACUUUUCAAAAUGCUUGUACUUAAUCUCCGUGAACUGGAAUCGGGUAUGCCCAUCAACACAUCGGCUGUGACCGUAAUAACGGAGAAAUCCAGUGAAACAGAAACUGAUACAAUCAAGCCGAGGUCGACUCUAGAACACCAACGUACUAGACCAUCAAAUGUUGAGAAACAGCCUUUUACGGAAUAUCAGGUUACAUUGGAGGAGCAAAUGAUAUGCGGCGCACUUCAAACACUCAACGAGGAGGCAAUGGAGGACGUAUUGCAGUCCGAACCCACUGCCCCUUCAGACGAGGCCGGCGAGCCGCGCGCUCCAUCUGUCAGCUUCAACGUCGAGAAUGAGCAGGACGACGACGGCCACAUCACGUUCACCGCGAGGCCGCGCGCCCGCCGCGCCGUCGCCCGCCCGCGCCCCUCCUCGCUGCGCCUCGCCGACGACACGCCCGACGCCGCCGACCACGCGCCGCGCCUGGCCGCGCGCUCGCUCUCCGUCGAGGACUCCACGCGCAACGGCUCGCCAAUACUCGACCUCAAGCUGCGCAACUUGCGACGCACCGCCGACAUCCUCCGCAAGGUCGGCUCCACCGAACGCCUCACGAGGUUUAAAGACAAGAUAAUGUCGCGCGGUCCCGGCUCCAGAGAACGGAGCCCGACCCGCGACGAAACCGCUAGCGAUGACGAGUCGGUUCCCUUGGUGUCAUCGCCGGCCGUCGCGCCUUGCCCCGCGGUCGGACCGCCUCCGCUCAACUCUCCGGGGCACGCUCGACCCGCAGCGGGCGCACCCAUUGCGAGACCGCUAGGUAUCGAGUGCGCUGACCGUAGUCCGCAGGACGGUACGGCGAGCACGGAUUUCUCGCCGCGCUCGGAAAUUACGGACGCGGGGUCGCCGCGAGGCAGCGCCCCGGACUUCGAUUUGCUGCCCGAGGGCAAGGGCGAAGGGCGGGCGGCGAUAAGGGCACACUUCGCGCGGGAGGCGAGCGACACAUCGUUGUCGAAUAUGGUCGAGCCGUACAAUAUGAGGCUGCUGGCUCAUGGCGCGUCGGACGGAUCGCGUGGCCUGUGGCGCCAGGACGCGUUGGACUCGCUGGACUCAGGCCCGCCGUGGCCUCCGCACGAGCCUGACUCCGCGGUGUGAAGCGUCACACUACUGCUCGGAGGAACAUGACCUGUCGCGCGGAAACUUUGCCCGCGUCCAGUUAAGCGCUGACGGCGACGCAAGGACCGCCCGAACGAAGCAUUUAAAUGCAAUAACUUAGCACGGCUUGAAUUCUAAACUCGUUUAUGGCCUGCUGCAUACUGUUUUACAUCAUAUGUAUAUGAAAUAUCAUAUGUAUAAGUGCUAUUUUAUCUAUUUAUUAUUGCGGUAUACGAUAAAAACGUAGUAGAUAAGUAGGCACUCAGUAGAAACGCAACAUAAAAUACCUACUGUAUGAAACGUACUUAUUAAGAACUUAGUGACUUACAUAUUGUAAUCAAUAUUAUUGCAUUUGCUUAUUAUUAAAAGUUCUCGAGAAUUGUGAUAUAGGUACUUAUUCUUAAGAAUAUGGAAAUAUACAUUUAUUGAACUUAUCCUGUUUCCAGACUUUAGCGGUAGUACUUUACUACUAGCAGUAGAUGUUUCCACUAGUGGCGAAAUCUAGCAACACAAACAGCUUAACUAAAACAUUUUGUAAACCAUACUAUAGUCAUGUCCGAAAAUAUACCCGUGAAUAACGAACAUGAAAAUGCAAUCAAGGGUCAGGAACUGUGGUUACACAAUCAUAAUAUAUGUUAACAUACCUAUCUCCGUCCUGACAAUGCAACAGGAUCCACAAUUAGACUUAAGACGACGUAAGACCUGGGUGCUUUUCUGGCAUAAAAAAAUCUAUCCGAUGGCUCGGAUCAUCGGAUGUAAGUCAUAUUUGCCAAAUUUCAUCAAGGUCAGUGCACUGGUUUAUUUUUUCUUAACAUUGUUCACGCAGUGGUGUAUGGGUAUUAUUUGUGUACAUUUUGGUUUCAGGUAAUGGGAUUAUCCAGACUAUUUGAUACGUGACUUGUUUUGUUCCCAUUUGUAGUCGCGUUAGUAUUAAAAUAAACAGAAAUAAUUUCAUGUAAGUAUAGCAAACAACAAGUAUACAAACAAACAAACAGGAAUAUUUUCGCAUUUACAAUUAGAAUUAUAAAUCGAUACUAAAAACACAAGCAUUGGAAAUCAAAUCAAAUUUAUUAUCUACUACAAAGUAAAUGUAAUUUUAACAUUUUUUUAAGUAUAUAUAGGAGAUCACAGGUUAUACACGAAUCCAAUUUGUAAACGACUACCUGUCUAAUACAUUAACAUAAUUAAUUUAACUAUAACAAACGAAAUGGAGAUGCUAUAUAACGCCUUAUUUAAGUUAUGGCGUAGAAAUACUGUCGACGACGGCUAACCAUAAAUGUAAUAAUGGUAAGACAUUCGUGCGAUUCCGUUGAACACAAAUCUCUAAACCAAAUUAAUAGGUCUUAAAGUAGAAAUAGACAAUACUAUUUUCAGACAUUAGUGAGUUGUGUUUAACAGAAUUGGCAAAAGCUGGUUUUUACUUUUUAUUGGAUACUGAAAAUGGGCCAACAAUAAUGGAAAUUCUUAUCAUUCCUUGGACAGAGAGGGUUUUUUGGCGAUCGGAACAAUCCAAUAACUCCGGUCUUCUAUUCGGUUGUGCUUUGACAGUAAACACUUGCCGUCCAACAAACAAAAGACCUUUGUAUGGUAAGGGCGAAUUUUCCCUCGAUUGCCAAUCAGAGCGCUCAAUUCAAGCUUCGCGCAGUAACUGGAGUAACCAAGUCUACAGUUUAUCCACUCGUGCAAAGCAUAUGCAUUCUUUAUUCGGAAUGUUCGAAUUCUUACGGAAUGCAUGCAAGUUAUUUGCAAAUGCGAAGAUUGUUCAAGUAUCUAUAUUGCAUUACUAUCUAGCCAUACAAGGAGACAUGCUGCGUUGCUGCUAAAAGCGCACUUUUUGACAUGUAGAGACAGAGCUCCUUUCGCAAAUGCAGGAAGUGUAAUGUCGAAAAAUUGAUAAAACUGAGCAAAUUGUCAAAAAAAUCGCCGUCUUCAUCAGGACAACAGCGUGUGAAUCUACCCUUACUGAUCAAGUCUGAUUUGGCUCUACGAAACCAUUCUUGUAAACACGGCCUACUCACGGGCCAGACUUUAGUUUCGCAUUGCCUCAUAGUGGAUGAGGUUACAAUAUUCUGCAAUGCCUUUACGAUAAGUGCAAUGACUAGGUUAAAUUUCUGCUUUUAAAAUAUAGUAGGUAUCACUAACUUUUCCGUAUGUAGACUAUAAUAAGUAUAAAUGAAUGAGUAAAAGAGUCUGUG